AUGGAGGUGCAUCCGGGAGGCGCUGAGGAGAUUCGGCUUCCCGGGGUACCUCCAGGCGAUCGUUCAGGACUACCUGAGCGGCCGGUCGCUGUCGUAUACGGACAGCGAUGGGGCCGACAGGACAAGGGGGGUCGUGUGCGGUGUCCCGCAGGGGUCGGUGUUGGGGCCGAUCCUGACAUCGCAUAUGACUCGGUCCUUGCAGUGGCCCUCCCCCGGGGGUGUCGUGUGGUCUGCUACGCGGACGACACGAUAGUCCUGGCGGAGGGAGACGACUGGGGAGAGGCCGCCGCCACCGCAUCGUUAGCGGUGGCAUGCGUGGCGAGGGCCAUUAGGGCCCUCGGCCUCCGGGUGGCGCCGCAAAAGUCGGAGGCCAUCGUCUGGCACGAUGGCUCCCGAGGGCGUCCACCCCCUAUGGUGGUCACGGUGGAGGAUACCACCGUGAGGGUCGGGUCCUCGUUAAAAUACUUGGGCCUGAUCCUCGACAGCCGCUGGCGCUUUGAGGAGCAUGUCUCCCGACUGGUCCCCAGACUGACCCAAACGGCUAUGGCCCUGGGUCGUCUGUUGCCCAAUCUGGGGGGACCGGACGGAAGGGUGAGACGCCUCUACGCCUGGACGGUCCACGCUAUGGCCCUGUAUGGGGCUCCGGUGUGGGCCGAACAGCUGGGGGCCAGUGCCAGGCUGCGCGACAUGUUGCAUCGCGUGCAGCGGGUGCUGGCCCUUAGGGCCGUUCGGGCUUAUAGAACGGUCGCGUUUGAGGCGGCCCUCGCCUUGGCCGGGAUCCCUCCCGCGGAGCUCCUCGCAUCUGCACUCGCCGGGCAAUACCGGCGAAUGCGGGAGCUCCGCGAGAGGGAGGGAGUGUUGGCUCUCCCGGCUAGGACGAGGGAAAUGGUGAGGCGCCGGUUCCGGCGGACGCUCGCCCUGGAGUGGCAGACGCGACUCCAGGAGUACCAGCAGACGGCUGGUGCGAGGGUCGUCGGCGCCCUGGCGCCCUGUCUAUCAGUGUGGACGGACAGGCGCUGGGGCGGGCUGUCGUACCACACGACGCAGGUGCUUACCGGGCAUGGGUGCUUCGGUUCGUACCUGUGUCGCAUAGGGAAGGAGGCUACGCGGCGGUGCCAUCACUGCCCCGUCGAGGAGGACACGGCGCAGCACACGCUGGAGGAGUGUUCAGCGUGGGAUGUGCUGCGCCGUGACCUAAGGGGUGUAUUAGGGCGGGAGGACCUCUCGCUCUCGAGCCUGGUCGAGGCCAUGCUCGAGAGCGAGGGGAACUGGAGGGCUGUCACCACCUUUUGUGGGGCAGUUCUCCGGAUUAAGGAGGAGGCGGAGCGGGAGAGGCGCGCCGAGGGGCCGUAUCGCGUGCGAUUAGGGGCUCCACGGGGUGCGCGCACUCCCCCACCGCGCCGGCGGAGGGGUGAAGCCGGGAGGGGGGGGUAG